CUCAUCCUCCUUCUUCAGUUUCAUCCUACCAAGACCCAACACAAACCAACCAUAUUCCUAUCACCCCCAGGUAUAGGCCUGGCCGACAAAGCCACUGAAUGGAAGGACAAGUACGGGCCUGUGUUCACCAUGUACCUAGGUUCGAAACCCACCGUUGUUAUUUCCAGCAUCGAAGCCUUGACUGAAGCCUAUAUGACCAGGGGCGACGAUUUCGCCAACAAAUCUCACAGUGUCUCCCUGGAUGCUGUCACGGAAAACGGCAAAAACAUUGCUUUUGCUGACCUCUCCGAGGGCUUGAAGUUCAGGAGGAAGAAUGUUAUGCAAGUAUGGCCAGCUGCCUUCACCGAUUCUCACAUAACCCAUACCCUAUCCGAUGUCUUCUUCGCCGGAGUCGAUACCACAAGACACACUCUGGCCUGGAUAUUUCUUUACCUGGCUUUGAACCCGGACGUUCAGAGGAAAGUGCAAGCAGAAAUCGAUGACAUUGUCGGAGACGCUGUACCUGGCAGAGAACACAGGCCAGGACUUGUCUCAAGGAAUAAUGACGUAGUACACAGUGGAUGUUAUACAAGAAGUAGUGGCAUAGAACACACUCCCACCCUCCAACUCCUCCUCCCACCUACCAAAUAUACUUUUCAGCUUAUGGGCUACGACAUUCCUGCAAAAACCGAGAUAAUGGUAAACCAGUAUGCCAUACUUCGAGAUCCAAAUCACUGGGAUCAACCUGAGAGUUUCGUGCCGGGGAGAUAUCUGGACAAGGACGGGGGAAAACUCACUCUGAAGCCGAAGAGUUGGAUCCCUUUUAGCAUUGGUCAGAGGAGCUGUGUUG